AUGUGGGCGAAGAUCUUGAUGCAGUCCAAUCUGACCGUUACAGAAACCAAAAACAACCCAGAAGCAGUUCUUGAUGCACUUCAUUAUUAUACAAAUCCGAGUCAGAAUCAACGGUUCAUGGACAUUCGCGACAAAUCUACAAUUCAAGCGCAAUCAAAGCCAUUUUCCACGAGAAGAAGCCUGCCAUCAUCUUCAUCAGAAGACGAAGACGAGUCAGUUCCCCCUCCACAGCCUCCGCCGCGUCCCUUGAGCACAAUGUCAAUCAACACAAAGCGACUGACCGUCGUUGAGCCCAUGGGUUUGGUCGAGGAGGCUUCCACAGAAGAGAAUUCAAAGAGUAGCAACAAAAGCCAAGUGCAAGUGGACGCGAAUGGUGUUGCUCGCCGUGUGCGAUCGUCAAAAAGCAAAAUCUCGGACGAGGAGGUCUACAGUAGACUCCGCAAGAUCGUCUCGGUCGGCGAUCCGGAGCUCAAGUAUAGAAAUUUCAAGAAAAUAGGACAGGGUGCAUCUGGGGUCGUGUACACUGCCGUUGAGACAUCUACUGGUCGCGAAGUGGCGAUAAAGCAAAUGAAUCUCGCCGCGCAACCAAAAAAAGAGCUCAUCAUCAAUGAAAUCAUUGUAAUGAAAAGCCACAAGCACAGAAAUAUUGUCAACUAUCUGGACUCUUUCAUCAAAAACGAUGAGCUCUGGGUUGUGAUGGAAUUCCUCGCUGGUGGAAGCCUAACCGACGUUGUCACAGAAACGUGCAUGGAUGAAGGGCAAAUCGCCGCCGUCUGUCGCGAAGUUCUUGAGGCGCUUGAAUUCCUUCAUGCCAGGAGCGUAAUCCACCGUGAUAUCAAGUCUGAUAAUAUUCUGCUGGGAAUGGACGGCUCAGUCAAACUCACCGACUUUGGCUUUUGUGCUGAACUAAAAGGCGAAAAACGGACGACCAUGGUGGGUACGCCGUAUUGGAUGGCUCCCGAAGUCGUCAAGCGAAAGACUUACGGGCCCAAAGUCGAUGUUUGGUCGUUAGGAAUAAUGGCCAUCGAGAUGGUGGAAGGUGAGCCGCCCUACUUAAACGAGAAACCCCUCAGAGCUCUUUUUCUUAUCGCGUCUAAUGGAACGCCUGAAAUCGAAAACAAAGAUUCCCUCAGUGAAGAUUUCCAAGAUUUUCUCUCCUGUUGUUUAGAAGUGGACAUCGAAAAACGAUGGAGCGCUACUCAACUGCUGAAACACCGCUUCCUAAAGCAUUCAAAACCGUUAAGUUCAUUGACUCCCCUCAUUCUCGCCGCCAGAGAAGUGCUGGAAGGAAAUCGCCUUUGA